AUGUCGACUUUACAAAGAGUAUCAUCAACUAUUGAAAGAUUAACUAAAAGUAAAGUUAUCUUUAUAGUUUUAUUCUUGGUUACAAUAUAUACAUUUAUAUUGCUGCAAGAGAAUGUAGUGGGACGUAUGGGUGGCAACCCAGCAUUGGAUAGUUUCUUUGGGUAUGGUCCUGAAAAGGGACACAAGGUAAUGUCUCAGAUGACCUAUGCUGAAAAGGAGACAUACCUAGGUCUCUAUACAAAAGGUUAUGACAUUGUUAUUCCAUUUUUAUUGACCUAUCUACCAUGUGCACUCAUUUCGUUUACAAUGCCAUCGAGUAUACUCAAUACAGUGCCACUACUCUACAUGUUGGGAGACUAUGCAGAGAAUAUCACACACUACUUUAUCAUUCUCGAUUAUAUGGGUACCUAUACCAAUGCCAAACAUCCACUCGAUUCAAUGCCAUCACCCAACACAAUCAUGUUGUUACGAGCUGGUGGAUUCUUUGCGCUAUUUAAAUAUGUUUUCUUUGUAUUAUUUGGUUUAAUUAAAAAGUUGUUCUUGGUGGAAAGAGAACAUCAUGGUCACCGAGAUUAG